ACACACUUACACUUGCUUGCUUGCAUUGCUCAAGAGGUCCUGUGUUUCACCUGUCCUCUCUCCUCACCAAUCAGGACUCUCUUUUAUCUCUCCUGAAUUCAGUUACAGAGAGAUCCCAAUCUCAAAAACAGUUUUCAAAAGAAUAUCACAAGAAAGAGGGAGUUUACUGAAUUACGAGAUCUGUUUUGCUGUUUCUGCCUCCUUGUGAGCUGUAACUAUCCGCUUGUGCUCUUCAUGUUAUAAGAUAGUUGAUUAUUUCUGGGAAUAUGAAGAAUAAGGAUGGAAAACCAAUUUACCAACCUGAUAAAGGUCCCAGGGUUGUUCCCUUGGCAACAUUGCUUAUUGUGCUAUGUGGGUUUUCGUUUUAUCUUGGUGGUAUCUUUUCCUGUGAGAAAAACCAGUUUGAGGCCAAGGAUGCUAAUGAUGUUGCAAGGGCAGUCUCAGUUCCUAAGGAAUCCACAGUUUCCCCUCUCCAGAUUAAAUCUGUGACCUUUGCUGAAUGCAGCAGUGAAUAUCAGGACUACACCCCAUGCACAGAUCCAAGGAGAUGGAGAAAGUAUGGUCUUCAUCGGCUGACUUUCAUGGAACGACACUGUCCUCCGGCAUUUGAAAGGAAGGAAUGCUUAGUUCCACCACCUGAUGGGUAUAAACCACCAAUCAAAUGGCCCAAAAGCAGAGAUGAGUGUUGGUACAGAAAUGUACCAUAUGACUGGAUCAAUAAGCAGAAAUCUAAUCAGAACUGGCUUAGGAAACAAGGAGAGAAGUUCUUUUUUCCUGGUGGUGGAACAAUGUUUCCAAAGGGAGUUGGUCACUAUGUUGAUAUAAUGCAAGAAAUGAUCCCUGAACUGAGAGAUGGGACUAUAAGAACUGCUAUUGAUACUGGCUGUGGGGUUGCCAGCUGGGGUGGUGAUCUAUUGGAUCGUGGAGUUCUGACAGUUUCUCUUGCCCCAAGAGAUAAUCAUGAAGCUCAAGUACAAUUUGCAUUGGAACGAGGAAUUCCUGCAAUUCUCGGCAUCAUUUCUACGCAACGGCUUCCUUUUCCUUCAAAUUCGUUUGAUAUGGCCCAUUGCUCGAGAUGUCUUAUUCCAUGGACUGAAUUCGGCGGGAUUUAUCUUCUAGAGAUUCACCGCAUACUUCGUCCUGGUGGCUUCUGGGUUCUGUCUGGCCCUCCAGUUAAUUAUGAAAAUCGUUGGCGAGGAUGGAACACUACCAUAGAGGAGCAGAGAUCAGAUUAUGAGAAGUUGCAGGAUCUUCUAACUUCGAUGUGCUUUAAAUUGUAUGUCAAAAAGGAUGACAUUGCUGUAUGGAGGAAAUCUUCAGAUAAUAGUUGCUACAAUAGGGUUUCUGAACCUGAUGCCUACCCACCCAAGUGUGAUGAUAGUGUUGAACCAGAUCAAGCAUGGUAUACUCCUCUCCGUUCUUGUGUGAUUGUUCCAACCCCUAAAAUCAAGAAUUCUGUUUUGGAAUCCAUUCCAAAAUGGCCAGAGCGGUUGCAUGCCACCCCAGAACGCAUUUCAAGUGUACCUGGUGGGAGUGCCAGUGCUUUAAAGCACGAUGACAGCAAAUGGAAGGUGAGGGUGAAACACUACAAGAAGUUGCUCCCUGCAAUGGGGACUGAUGAGAUAAGGAAUGUAAUGGACAUGAAUACGGUCUACGGUGGUUUUGCUGCAGCUCUAAUGGGUUCUCCCUCCUGGGUCAUGAAUGUGGUCUCUUCCUAUGCUCCUAAUACACUCCCUGUGGUCUAUGAUCGAGGCCUGAUCGGAGCCUAUCAUGAUUGGUGCGAAGCUUUCUCCACAUACCCUCGUACUUAUGAUCUUCUUCACUUUGACGGCCUCUUUACUGCAGAAAGCCACAGAUGUGAUAUGAAGUACGUGCUCUUGGAGAUGGAUCGAAUACUGCGUCCUAAAGGAUAUGUUGUAAUGCGUGAAUCAGCCUAUUUUGUGGAUGCUGUAGCUAGCAUUGCCAAGGGAAUGCGAUGGAGCUGCCGUAAAGAGAACACAGAGUACGACGUUGAGAAGGAGAAGCUAUUAAUUUGCCAGAAAAAACUAUGGUACUCCUCUAACGGUAGUUCAAGAUGACAAAACAUAUAAAUUGAAGCCUCAGAAAGAUUUUUCUUGGAGGACUGGAUAAACGAUAUUACUGUGUGGUUCGAAACGGAGAAAUCUGAUACUGCACAUGCAUUAGUUCGUUGAUAGAAGCUGAGAAUUUUUAUUCAAAUUCUCAGUUACAGAAUCAACUAUCCAAUAAUCUCAUUUUGGUAUUUUAUUAGCGCCUUCCUUGCAAGAUAAAAAUAUAUUCUUUGUAAGCAUAUUCAGUCCUUCCUACUGUAAUUUUUGUUUUUGGUCUUUGCCACCUUCAUUUUUUACUUUUAUACAUGUUAUAUUAUCUAAGUAGUGUAAUAUGCUUGUGUGGAAAGAAAGAGAGGAAAGAAAACCAAUCAACUGUAAUUUGUGCUUGUUUUUUUGGUUCUUUUGAAAUUGUAAUUUGAACUUCUAUCGAAGCCUUUCUGCUUAUAUGAAAUAUUUCAACAUAGAAUUGCUUGGGAAGCUUA